AAGCAGUUGAAAGGAAAUGGCUCACAAUGGUAAAGCUUCUGAGGACCAUGGAUAUGAAGGCAUUGAUGUGAUGAUCGAGAUAAAAGUGAAAACUAUGGAUUCUCGGACCCACAAUUUGCGCAUUAGCAAUCAGAGGAAAGUACGGAAUUUGAAAGAAGACAUAGCUCUUUUGAUUGGGAUGCCAGUGGAACAACAACGUCUAAUUUAUUGUGGAAAAUUUUUAAAAGACGAUCAACUCAUUUCUUCAUACAAUGUUCAACAUGGUGAUACUUUGCAUCUCGUUUGCAAUGUUCCGAGCAUGUCAUCCGAUGGUAGUUCAUCCAGUCGCCUAGGUGCUAACCAUAGCACAGGUACUGAUGGGAUCUCGCCAGGUACUCAACAGGGGGUUCUCUACCGUUAUGCUAUCUGUCAAAAUAUAAAUACUUCCUCCAUCUCAUUUGUUACUGUUUCAGGAGUUGAUUUUUUACUCUGA